AUGGGAUCUUUAGCUGAAACACAGAUCACUCCGGCGAAAAUCUCCGACGAAGAGGCCAAUCUCUUUGCUAUGCAACUCGCUGGUGCCACCGUGCUUCCGAUGGUUCUCACAUCAGCCUUGGAGCUCGACCUGCUCGAGAUCAUAUCCAAGAAUGUCACUCUCGCUGGCGGUCAACUCUCGCCGUCGGAGAUAGCAUCUUAUCUUCCUACCAAGAACCCUGAUGCUCCAGUCAUGGUCGACCGGAUCCUUAGGUUGCUUGCGGCUUACUCCAUCUUGACAUGCUCUGUACGCAAGCUUCCUGAUGGGAGCGUGGAGCGUCUGUAUGGACCAGGACCGGUAUGCAAGUACCUGACUAAGAACGAAGAUGGAGUCUCACUCGCUGCUCUCUGUCAUUUGAACAGAGACAGGGUCUUCAUGGAGAGCUGGUAA